AUGAGAAUUUUUCGACAAGCUUUCGAAUAAUUAGGAGGUAGCAGAUCACGCACUAAAUCUGAUUCUCGUUAACAAGAAGACAUGUGCAUAGUACCACCUGAGGAAUAUUUCAAAUAAGAUCGUCCUCAACCUCUUACAAGAUAGUUUUUCACUAUGCUCUCCACACUUGAAUAAAGGAUUGUCAAAGAAUGCACUGUUGAACGCGUUAAUCAAGUAGUGCAAAUGUAUUAGCAAUGCAUAGAGUUUUAUGACAGUCGCAAAGAUGACAUCAAAUACUACUUUGUCGAUAAAAUCUAAAAUGCUCUUUAUGAAAUGCAGCAGUAAAUCAGCUGUCUCAAAACUAAGCUUGUCACUGAAGUACAAUCACCCGUUAAUUAAAAAAUUAACAAUCUAUCCCCCAUUCCCAUUGAAGAAGAUGAACACUACAUACGCAAUAAGAAAAAAGAGAAAUCUAUCAAGUUGGCAAUUCAAGAAUAAGUGAUCUAAGUUGUAAAGUACUAACCAGAACAAGUGCAGGGCAUGGUCAACGAGUACCAUGAGAAGUUGGAUCAACACGCCUCCAUGAUUAAAAAGAGUGUUAACUAACAGGAACACUAAUUUAAUGAACGUUUGCGAAAGAGAAGUAUAAAUAAAAAAUCACUUUCACGAUGCAAUUCUAGUGGAAUAUUGGAGGAAAACAAAUGA